CUCAAUUUUGUAUUUCUCGCAGGAACAAGAAAAUUAAGAAACUUCAUCUAUCAAUGGAGAUGUCAAAUUUCCGGUGGUUAUCUGAACUGGAAAUGGAAGAUCCAGUUUUUAUCCAUCAAUGUCAGAUGAGUUCCUUUGAUGAGUUAACUACUGAACACAUGGCAGCUGCACUUGGAGAUGAUUUCCACAGCUCUUUCUCCUCUGAGAGUUACUCAUCAUACCACCACCCCCAAACUUUCAACCAAACAAGUAGUGGAACCACCUUUAGUGGCUCAUCAUCCAUGGAGGGUAUGGAGAGACCCACAAAGCAACUCAAGACCAACAAUAGCUGGAACUCUUGUACCACCACUCUAGAAGCUUCUUCUUCUUCUCCUCCAAAUAUUCUUUCUUUCGGUGGCGCCGCUUCGCCAAACAAUCAGGCUCAGCAGUUAUUUGGGAAUUUAAUUGGAACUGUGAAACCCAAAGAUGAGGCUAUGAUUUUCUCUUCCUCAGAUGUCUUGAUUUCUCAAGGGUCUUACAGGAACCAGAACCAAGGAUCUAAAACAAGCCAAGGGAUUAAGAGAGAUCUACCUUUAACUAAACCUACUUCUCAUUCACAAGACCACAUUAUAGCAGAAAGGAAAAGAAGAGAGAAGCUCAGCCAGCGUUUCAUAGCUCUCUCAGCCAUUGUUCCAGGCCUCAAAAAGAUGGACAAGGCUUCUGUUCUUGGAGAUGCAAUAAAGUACUUGAAACAACUUCAAGAGAGAGUGAAGACACUUGAGGAACAAGCAAUGAAGAAAAAAGCCAUGGAAUCAGUGGUGGUGAUCAAGAAAUCACAGAUUUCAUCAGACGACGACAAUUCUUUCUCAGGAGAGAACUUCGGCACCAACGAUCCACUCCCUGAAAUCGAAGCGAGGGUUUCAGACAAGAAUGUCUUAAUAAGGAUCCAUUGCGAGAAACAAAAAGGAAUUGUAGUGAAAACCCUAGCUGAGAUGGAGAAGCUUCAUCUUUGUGUCAUCAAUAGCAGUGCCAUUCCUUUUGGAGAAUCCACUCUCGACAUAACCGUAGUCGCAAAGAUGGAAGAAGAUUUCUCCAUGAAAGUGAAGGACCUGGUGAGGCAUCUGUGUUCAGCAUUUCAGCAGUUCAUGUUAGAGUGAUUAGAAGAAGAA